CCGAAACCCAAAACCCAACCAAAAUGGCGACAUAUUAAUAUGUUACAUCUUCCGACUUCGUUGCAGCUUCCCGAUUCAAACCUUUCGGUCUGAAAUCUGCCUGUAAUCAAAAGGAAUACAGGGUGAUCCAUUUAAGCUCAAUGAGUUCUUCAAUGAAAGCUUUUGGUGCGCUUGUGUAUAGAUUCUCGACUGGUGUUUCUCUCAAGUCCCCCAAUUCCUUCUCUAUUAGAGGGACUGUUAGGUUAAACAAGAAUCUAUCUUCUUCGUCAUUGUAUUCAUCUUGUGCAAAAUGGGUUGCUCCAGUUGAGCUCCAAAGUGUGAAUUCCGUCAGAAAGAUUUGGACCCGCGGUCCUCUCUGUAUGGGGAGAAGGUCCUGUAAAAUUGCAGGCAGAAAGGGGGCCCAAGAUGCUAAGAAGGCCAAGCUCUAUGCAAAAGUCGGGAAGGAAGUUGUAUCUGCUGUCAAGAAAGGUGGUCCAAGUCCAGUAUCAAAUACAGCUCUUGCGGCUAUCCUUGAGAAAGCUAAGGAGCUUGAUGUGCCAAAGGAAAUCUUAGAGAGGAACAUCAAGAGAGCUUCAGAUAAGGGCCAAGAAGCAUACAUUGAGAAAGUGUACGAGGUAUAUGGUUAUGGUGGAGUUGGUAUAAUAGUUGAGGUUUCAACGGAUAAAAUCAACAGGUCGAUUGCGGCAGUUAGAGAAGUCGUCAAGGAUUGUGGUGGAAAAACGGCUGAUCCUGGAUCUAUUAUGUUUAAGUUCAAACGAGCUCGAGUUGUGAAUGUAAAAGUUACUGAUGCUGAUAGGGACCAGCUACUUACCAUAGCUUUAGAUGCUGGUGCUGAUGAUGUCAUUGAACCUUUCAUUGAUGAAGAUGAUACCGAAGAAGAUAAGUCUGAGAAAUACUAUAAAAUUGUAAGCUCAUCGGACAAUUAUGUAGAAAUAUUAUCGAAGCUGCGUGAGGAAGGAAUUAGUUUCGAACCCGAUAAUGGAUAUGAAUUACUUCCAUUGAGCCUGAUUGAGGUGGACGAUGAGGCAAUGGAGUUAAACAAGAAACUUAUGUCAAGUUUACUCGAUCUUGACGAUGUUGAUGCUGUAUAUACCGACCAGAAAUGAUUAAAGAAGAUAGCCACAGCUCUGCAUUUGGAAAUUCAGAUAAGAAUCAUACUGCAUUUGUACAAUUUUGUAUGAACUCUACCCUAGAGUUGUAUUAUCAAUAUGAAAACUUAUUUUCUCUAGGAAUAAACUCGUUGAUCUAGUUUUAGAAUGUUACAUUCUGAGAACAGAAAUUCAUAUUGCGCGUGGAGUUCUUUAAACUUACUUUGAUCUGUUUUGA